CCGCCGCCGCCGCCGCCUCCUCCCGUAAGCGGUGACGAGGGCGGCUACGUCAAGGCCAGCGCGGCGGGUCACACCUGUACCCUCAUUAGAAGCAUGGAUGACACGCUCGGGUAGAUACCGCAAAUGACCAUGGAAACAGCUGAAUCGCAACAGAAUGGAAUUGUAGCAGGGGGUGAAACUAAUACUAGCCGAAGUUCAAUUCCUGCCUUAGCUCAGGUUUCAGUAGCUGGAUCUGGCACUGGAAGAGGCUCUCCAGCUGUAGCAUUAGUGCAGUUAGCGUCCGGUCAAACUGUACAGGUCCAGGGAGUGAUUCAGGCCUCCCAGUCUUCAGUUAUUCAAUCUGCACAAAUCCAAGCUGUUCAGGUAGCAUCAAUUGCAGAAACAGAUGAAUCUGCAGAAUCAGCAGAUGUAAUCGAGCCUCACAGUCGUAGGGAGAUCCUUUCAAGAAGAUCUUCAUAUCGAAAAAUACUGAAUGAACUCUCAUCUGAGGUGACUGGUGUUCCUAAGAUUGAAGAAGAAAAAUCAGAAGAAGGAGGAACAUCCCCCAACAUCUCUCCUAUGGCAGUGCCAACCAGCAUAUAUCAGACUAGCACUGGGCAAUACAUUGCUAUAGCCCAAGGUGGAGCAGUCCAGAUUUCUAAUCCAGGAUCUGAUGGUGUUCAGGGACUUCAGACAUUAACAAUGACAAAUUCAGGAACUACUCCACCAGGUGCUACAAUUGUACAGUAUGCCGCACAAGCCGCUGAUGGCACUCAGCAGUUCUUUGUACCAGGCAGCCAGGUUGUGGUCCAAGCCGCCACUGGUGACAUGCCAACCUACCAGAUCCGAACUCCCUCUACCGCUUUGCCACAGGGAGUUGUGAUGGCAGCCUCCCCAGGAAGUCUGCAUAGUCCACAGCAGCUGGCAGAAGAAGCCACCCGCAAGCGAGAACUGAGACUCAUGAAAAACAGGGAAGCUGCUAAAGAAUGUCGACGAAGAAAGAAAGAAUAUGUAAAAUGCCUGGAGAGUCGUGUAGCAGUGCUUGAAGUUCAGAACAAGAAGCUUAUGGACGAACUUGAAACCUUGAAAGAUAUUUGCUCUUCCAAAACAGAUUAGUAGAAAUAUUUACACAAUGGACUGACAAUAACAUAUCCAGUUGCUUUUGAAGGCAAUACAAUGUGUAUAUAUAUCUGUAUAUAUAUAUAUAUGCGCACGCGCGCGCACACACACACGUAUAUAUACAUAGCUAUAUAUAGCCGUCAAGAGUUUUGGCUUUUUCCUUCAUGUCAUUUAUCUCACACUCUCAUCUAUUACAUUCCUGAAAUGCUUCACUGUACUUUUUGGACUCUUAGCCAUAAAAUACAUUUUUUUAAAGGAGACAAAUAUUUAAAAAUUGUAUGUAAACAAUUCUACGAAUGCAAUAUUUGUGGUAAGACUUGUUCCAUGGCCCUAUUUUUCCAGUUCCCACUCUUUACAUGGCAUUAAUGGUGACCUAUAUCAUAAAAUAAAAUAUGCUGUAGGACCUUUAUAAUCACUUUAAAAAAGAUGGUUAGAGAACUUACAUCCAAUAAUACAAAAAAACCCCAAACCAAAACCUACAAAAAAUACCUCAGGAAAGACUUUAUAGAAAGUAUAUUCUGAAUAUAUACCUAUAUGAGACUAUUAGUCAACAAAUAAAUUGAUGCUAUUUUUCAGAUUUUUAUAUUGGUUGCGUUGUGAAAAAAAUAUUGCAUUGCGUGUUACUGAAUGCCAUGGUUUGAAAAUAGUUUUAAUAGAACCAUGUUGGAGACACUCUGUAGAUUUUAAUGUGUAUUUAAAUAUCUGAAACACUUCGGUUUUAAUCUAUGGCAUAAUAUAGAAAUGGCCAUGCAGAAGUACACAAUGCCAGUUUUAUAGGGUAUAAGCAACGUGAGCAACAGAGCGUUCAUGACAUUUAAAUCUCUGGAAAUAAUAAUUUGUUAAGGGUUUACUAGGUUCAAAGCACUGUGCUAAGCAGUGGAAUAAAUAGAAUCAUAUCAGACACAGUCCCUGCCCUAUUUGGGGCUUACAAGUCUAAGCACGGGGAAAGAGCAUUUUAUAGAUGAGGUAACUCAGACCCUGAGAAAUUAAGCAAUUUACCAGUGGUCAUAUCAGGCAAGGGGAGGAUCUGUGAUUAGGACCCGGGUCCCUUAACUCCCAUUCAUGUUUCUUUCCACUAGGUCAUUCUGCUUCACAGAAGAGUUAAAAAUGGGGCAAGUUGAAAAAAAAGUCUUACCAGAAAUGACUAUACAUGACAAGUUUCUUUUGACCUUGUUUCACCAUUUUACUGAGCUCUUCACAAUGGAACUAAAUGUACUAACACAUACCUCAACUGUCUUAUUAGAAUGUCUCUCCAUAGGGAAACCGUGUGAUGGAGUUUUUCAGUAUUUGCUGGGAACCAGGUCUUUCUGUGGCAAUUUCUUAAUAAUGCCCCUUGCACCCAGAUAUUAACUGAUUGAUUCUUAGUAGUCCUAAAGAAGCAACACAAGUUUUCAUUUUUAUUUCCAAGUGAUUUGAAGUCUCUUUUGGCAAUACUCAUGCCCCCCACCCCUUGUUGAGAUUAACCAGUUUGGGCCAGAAUUUCGGAGUAAUAAUAAUAAAAAUAGUAAUAUAAUUGUAAUAUUUGUUAAGUGCUAAGCACUGUGCUAAGGGCUGGAGUAGAUACAAUGCAAUGAGAUUAGAUGCAGGUCCUGUGGCAGGAUCCUGAUUGGAACAAACUGUUGUAUGUGUGCACCAGUCAUCGGACUCGUUUAAAUCUCUUACUAAAAGACAAUUUCAGGUUGUAAAAAUACAUCUAUGACCGUACAGCGGGACAUGGUUCAUUAGCCAUGUAUUCUCCUUCUUGUGAAGACAUCUUUGAAAAGUCAUGCGUAAAAAAGGUAAUCUUUUUCAAACAAAAUGUGUUUAAAAUGUGUUUUCUUGCUAAUGGGUUCCUGUCUGAUUAAUCCAGGAAGGAAGUAGCAGCGUCUCCUACCCAUAACCCCAUUUAGUGAAAGAGGUUAGCCUGUGAAAGGGGAAAAGCAAGGGAAGAGGGCAAGGCAGAGAAAAGAAAAAGGGAGAAAGAAAAUACCCAAAUACUCGGAAUUGCACAUCUUUGCUCCUCUCGUCUUAUAGAAUCCUUCCACUACAAAGUAUGUCUUGGACUUCUGGAAAACGAGGCCGGAGUCACUCAUACCUUCUACCUCCUCACAUAUCCAUGCCUUCUACCUCCUUAUUUCUUUAGACUUUAUUUUGCCUAUUUUUUGUUUUUCUCCUGCAGAAAACUCAUAUGAGAAAAGAAGACAAGGAGGGGAAACAGGAAUCAAAGGAAAAGCCCACAGUUUGGGUGAAAGAAAGAAGAAUCUCAGGCCAGAAUUUCACAGACUCCCUGUGGCCUAUAGUUGAAUUUCCAGAAAUAAUCCUUUCCCCCGCAACUUCCUCCUUCAUUGUCCCAAGUUUCCUUCCCCUACCCCUUCAGUCAUCGGUUCUGAGUUCCUAGCGUCACAACUCUCUGAAACGUUUUGGAUUUGUUAGGUUGGAUUGGGAACCCCAGUGCUAAUUUUGGAGUCUAAGGCAGUGCUCUUUCAGGCCUCCUCAUGAGACUCUAAGAGCCAGAAUACUUAAGGUUUGUAAAUGUGUAUAAAUAGUUACUGCAUCUGGUUUCUUUGAUCAUUUAAAUCAAGAGGAAGCCUUGUCUGGUUCUUCUCAGAAAGGGCUUACUCCCAAAGAUUGUUUCUGUCUAAUAUGAGUGAGCGGCCUUAAUUUGCCUUAAUAAUGACAUCAAUAAUAGUAUUUGUUUAAUGUUCAUUGUGUGUCCAUAUCUGUGGCAGAUAUGAGAUAAUCAGCUUGGAUGUAGUCCCUGCCCGUCAUCAGGCUAACAGUGCAAAUGGGAGGGAGAACAGGCAUUAAAUCCCCAUUUUACAGAUGAGAAAACUGAGGCAAAGAGAAGU